ACCAGAUACACACCUACGCCAAGUAGUCCAACAAGUCCCGUAAUAAGAACAACACCAUUGCGUCCAGACGUCGCUCGACGAGACUUCAAUCGCAACAUCUAGUUCAUAUACGGGGAUUUUACGUUGAUAGCAACAACCUCUUCAUGGGAAUCCGUCGUUUCCGAAUACUGUUUCUUCUUCUGAUUUGUUUCAUAUUGUCGCCUGUUUUGUAUAUAAGUUUAUUGACUUGUCGAUGUAGGAAAGAAGCAAAAGUUGAUAGUCUGUGUCCUACGCAGUCACGUGAUUCUCUGUGUAGCUCUCAGAGAGACAACAAUGCAAAGGAUAAUUUACAAGAAAACAGAAGGACAAGUCGUCAUCGUUAUCUUUUAGUUAUUGUUAUUAUCACUGGACAAGAUCGAAGGGAGGAGAGAAGAGUGAUGAGAAACACAUGGCUGGCAAACUUUGACAAAACAAAAGUAGCAGUGAAAUUUGUAAUUGGUACUGUUGGGCUUAACGACGAGGAUGUGAGAUCAUUAGAGCAAGAAAACAACAUGCAUGAUGAUCUCCUAUUGUUGAGACAUUUUAGAGAAGACUUUGCAAUGUUGUCCAGAAAAGUUUUGAUCUCAUUGUCUUGGGUUGUCGAGAACUUGGACUUUGACUAUCUGUUCAAAGCAGAUGAUGAUACAUAUGCAAGGCUGCCUCUAUUACUUGAUGAGUUAGAUAAAAGACAAAAUCCUGGACGAUUUUAUUGGGGGUUUUUUGAUGGGCGAUCAUCAGUAAAACGAGCUGGAAAAUGGAAAGAGAGUGACUGGAUCUUAUGUGAUAAGUAUUUGCCAUACGCGUUGGGAGGAGGAUACAUUUUGUCACAUGACCUUGUGAAAUUCAUUGGUUUGAAUAAAGAUUACUUCAAAAUGUUUAAGAAUGAGGACGUGUCUGUUGGUGCGUGGUUAGCUGGUAUUGACAUGGAAAGGCAGCAUGACAGACGAUUUGAUACAGAGUACAAAUCACGAGGAUGUCAUAAUUCAUUUAUUGUGACACAUAAACAGACUGUCCAAGAUAUGAAAGCUAAGCAUCAGUCACUAGAGCAAACUGGUAAACUUUGUCCUAAAGAAAUGAUGGUGAGGCCUUCUUAUGAGUACAAUUGGAAUGUACUACCAUCUCAGUGUUGUCAAAGGAAUCUUCGAUUGCCUUAAGUUAUGAAUAAUUGACUUGAGAGUAGCUGCAAUGCAGCAUAGAUUUUGUAGAGAAUUAUUGCUUUGUAGUAGUGUAAACAUUGUUGUUAUAUUUGUGAGUUUU